AUGUCGGCGUCAGUAGCCGCCAGUGGCCAUAUCGACGACGGGUAUCGUCAGCUCUCAUGGCUUGACUAUGCUGUAUUCGCCUUCUCGCUUUCACUUUCCGUCGGAACGGGUGUAUAUCAUGCUAUUAAAAGUCGUCUAAUCGUGCGUGGCCGUGGCGGCCCGUCGGCUAAAGAUGAAUAUUUGAUAGGCGGCAGAAAAAUGCCUGCCCUGCCCGUGGCUUUAUCACUUUUAACGACGUUUCUAUCCGGAAUUCUGAUGCUGGGAGUGCCGGCCGAGGUUUUUCAAAGAGGGCCUCAAGUUUGGCUCAACUUUGCGAUCGGCGUCUCCUCCUCCAUUUUCACAGCCAUCAUUUUCUUGCCAAUUUUCCACAAAAUGCAGUCGACAUGCUUACAUGAGUACUUCAUCCAUAGGUACCGUUCCGUCCUUAUCCGCCGGUUAUUCUCCGGUCUAUUCUUGUUGAUGACCGUCGUCUACAUGUCGGUCGUCAUCUACGCUCCGGCGGUAGCGUUGUCGGCAGUUUUCGGCGUCAGCAAGUGGCAUUUGAUUUUGAUUUUCGGAUCUUGUACGACACUGUACACCUGUAUCGGAGGGUUGAAAGCUGUCGUUUGGACUGACUCGUUGCAGGCGUGUCUAAUGUACGGUGGCGUAUCCGCACUCAUCUACAAGGGCUUGAACCACCCACGGGUUGGAGGGCUUGAUCGGGUGCUGAGGAUCGCUUCGGAAAGCGGAAGACUAGGGGAGAUGUGGCGAUGGGAUGUCGGGAUCGCACAGUACAACUCGAUCUGGAUCAACCUCAUUUCCGGGACGAUCACUUGGCUGGCGGCUUUUGGCGUUAAUCAGCUGGCCAUCCAGCGCUACGUCAGCUUGCCCGAUUUGAAAACGGCUCAGGGCAUCAUCUACUACACGCUGUUGCCCUUCUUCGUCUUGUGCUCAAUCGUCGCAUUCGUUGGUCUGCUGGUGCUGGCCUAUUUCCACGAGUGCAACCCGCUGGAGACAGGGCAGAUUGCCGAAACUGAUCACAUUACCAUCCUGUUUGCGCGAGACGUGUUACAACCAACUCCCGGCCUUUUCGGCCUGUACGUCUCCUGUAUAAUGUCGGCGACCUUGUCGACGUUGUCGUCGGGUAUGAACUCGAUGGCUGCCGCCAUCUAUGAGGACUUUUUGAAGCAAAAGUUGGACGGGAAAAUCACAGAUACGCAGGCUACGCAGAUUAACAAGCUGAUCGUCGUGCUUUGCGGGCUGCUCUCCACGAUCCUUGCUUUUGCCGCCGAGCCGCUGGGCGGGAUUUUGAGGGUGUGCAUCUCGGUGAUGGGCGCCAUGUCGGGGCCGAUGGUGGCCAUCUUCGUGUUGGCCAUCUUCUUCCCGGCAUCCGGGGUGUUGUCAUGUGGAAUUUCGUUUGUGCUGUCGAAUUUGGCAAUGGCCGUCAUCUGCUUGUCAAACUAUUUGGAAGACCCGUACAAGGACCUGUUCCUACACACCAAUACCAGUGUCACCGGCUGCACCGGCCAGAUUCCGGAUCCGCGAGGGUUCACGAUCCGGCAGAGUCCGGCUUUUGACGCGCAUUACGGUGAUCCGAAUACGCUGUGGAUCAGCAGAAUAUCGACGUACGGCUACUCGUUGGUCGGCUUCGUGUUGAUGCUCGCCAUCGCCAUCCCGUUGACGUAUAUUCUGAAGGAGAAGGAGCUCAAGAAUACCAGGCAUUUGACGUGGCCGGGAAGGAACGAUCCCACUCCCGCAAGUGAGCAUGAACUCGACCAUUUCCUGAAGGAGAUCCCGUCGACUUCGACGCUGAAU